CCCAUUCUUCUGUUGGGAAGUGAGAAAUAGCCUCUGAAGAAAGCAAAGUUCUUGCAGAGUUUGAUCAAACCGUGCAACCAUGGAGACCAGCAUCACAUGCUACACGCGAGGGACGUUUCUGUCCAACGUCUCCUCUCAACGCUCAACUGUGCUGCCAUCUCUACCUUCCAUUUCUCGAUCCUUCAACUUACGAAGCCUGAAAUCAAGCUCCCUGUUUGGCGAAUCAUUGCGCACGGUGUCGAAAUCAUCGCUCAAGGUUUCCAAGACAAAGAGCUCUUCUUCACUCAUCACUAGAUGUGAGAUCGGUGAUAGCCUGGAGGAGUUCCUAACAAAAGCAACACCAGAUAAGGGAUUGAUCAGGUUAAUGGUGUGCAUGGGGGAAGCACUGAGGACCAUCGCCUUCAAAGUGAGGACGGCCUCUUGUGGAGGGACAGCCUGUGUGAAUUCUUUUGGAGAUGAACAGCUUGCGGUUGACUUGCUUGCCAACAAUCUUCUGUUCGAGGCCUUGAACUAUUCACACUUCUGCAAAUAUGCUUGUUCUGAGGAAGUUCCUGAGCUGCAAGACAUGGGAGGCCCAGUUGAAGGUGGGUUCAGUGUUGCCUUUGAUCCUCUUGAUGGCUCCAGCAUCGUUGACACAAAUUUCACAGUGGGUACCAUCUUUGGUGUCUGGCCUGGGGAUAAGUUAACUGGUGUAACAGGAAGAGAUCAAGUUGCAGCUGCCAUGGGUAUCUAUGGUCCUCGUACUACUUAUAUUCUAGCUCUCAAAGACAUCCCUGGAACCCAUGAAUUUCUUCUUCUGGAUGAAGGCAAGUGGCAACAUGUUAAAGAUACUACACAAAUUGGAGAAGGAAAGAUAUUCUCUCCUGGAAAUUUAAGAGCAACAUCUGAUAACCCUGCCUAUGAUAAGCUAAUCAACUACUAUGUAGGAGAGAAAUACACAUUGCGGUACACUGGAGGAAUGGUGCCGGAUGUCAACCAGAUCAUUGUAAAAGAAAAGGGUAUCUUCACAAAUGUGUCAUCUCCAUCUGCCAAGGCCAAAUUGAGGUUGUUGUUUGAGGUUGCUCCUCUUGGUUUCUUGAUUGAGAAAGCAGGGGGAUACAGUAGUGAUGGCACCCAAUCUGUCUUAGACAAGGUGAUCAACAAUCUGGAUGAAAGAACCCAAGUUGCCUAUGGGUCCAAGAAUGAGAUUAUCCGGUUCGAAGAAACUCUAUAUGGAACCUCAAGGCUCAAGGCUGGUCAACCAGUUGGAGCAGCUGUUUAAGACUUAAGUUCUCUUGUUUCAAAUGUUUUCUUGACCAAAUAUCAUGCUUAUAAGCGUUUUCCAUUCGAGUAGGAGAUACAAAAUUGAAUAUGUGGAGAUGGGUGGAUCAGUUAGGAAGAAAGGUCACCAUUUUCUGAAGUGUCUUCUGAAAUGCAACUUUUUUUUAUACUUUGAUGCAUCAUCUAUUUUUCUCCUAUUUAAGUUUUUUGACAAAUAUCUGUAAGUCAUUCAAAGAUUAUCAAUCUAUCUUCGUUUAAUGCUUA